CUGUUAAUGACUUGUGUUCAGAGAGAAAGAAGUGGAUGAUCGAUAUAUAACGUUCAAAAUUACAGCAUGUCUCCUGCUUUCAAUAGGUUUUAUAUCUGGAACUGGAAAUUAUUAAGAGAAAAGCGUGUUUUAAGCUCCAGGAUUCGUUUUCGAAAUGACUGGAAGUUUAAUGUUACGUCUGCCAUGAGUGAUACCUAUCGGCUUUCCGGCGCCCUCACUUUACCAAAAUUAUGUGGUAGUCGUCAGAUAGAUCGUAUAGUGAAUAAGUGUAGUAAUUUUUCUGGUGACCAGUAUUUGAAAAGUUUAUCAAAUAAAAUUUAUUUAAGUACAGACCAAUUUCAUUUUAAUAAGUGGCUAGUAAGCAAUUUUCAUCUCCAAAAUAAUUUUUUAACGUUAAUACGCAGGAGUUUCUGUACGCAGUUCUUCUCCUAUGCUUUGAUUAAAAAAUGCGUUACUCAAAAUCAAGUACUAAAAGUAGGUAAAAGUUUUGCCAACCAUCAGAAGUCAAUGUUAUCUUUCAAAGAUUCACAAGAUGGUUUAACGUUAGAGAGUUUAUCAGUUUUCGAAGAAGUUGUUGAAGGGACUUUGGAAUCUCUUUGUGAAUACUGUGAAGAAAUACUACUUGAUGCAGAAACAAAUAUAGCUGACACUGAUGUUACCUUGAACGAUGGUGUACUGACUUUAAAGCUGGGGGAACAUGGAACAUAUGUAAUUAACAAACAAACACCAAACAGACAGAUAUGGUUAUCCUCACCAACCAGUGGCCCAAAACGAUAUGAUUUUGUUAACAAAAAAUGGAUUUAUAAGUAUGAUAACAUAUCUCUUCAUCAGCUUCUUUCCAAUGAACUGUCAGGUAUUUUAAAUACCAAAAUAGAUUUCACCAGUUGCUCAUAUGGAAAAUGAGAUGGAGAGUGAUACCUUUUAUUAUUUGAACAGUAUCAAAAGAAAAAACUUCAUAUAAUUUUGUGGACUUAAAUUUAAUAAGUCAGUAUUUAAAUCAAAUCUCAUGUUUUACAAGGUUUUUGGAAAUAUUUUAAAGGAUUGUUACAGAACACAAACUAAGGAAGGUUCAAAGAAGGUAAUGUUGAACAGAAAAUAAUUCACAAAUAAUCUGAAAAGCAAAUCAUACUGAUGGAAAAUAAGGUAAUAAACAUAAAUCAAAAAUUCAGUAGAACUAUUUUAUUAGUAUUAUUCAUUUAAAUAGCACUUAUAUUCUAGUGUUUUAUAGAUUUUCUGUUUAACGUUUAAUUGAUAUAAGGAAAAUAAAACAGCUAGUGUUGUAUUUUCCAACUCUUAGCUGCAAAAGAUAAUAUUUGUCUGUAAGUGUAAAUAAAAGUAUUGUGACUUA